UGUUCAGAAUAGCUAUUGCAUUACACAGAAUUUCCCCUCUUGUAAUCUACUGAGAGUACAUUUCCCCAUCAGAACAGCUUUCCCAUUUGUCCUUGGAACAUUUCACUUUCACUUUCAAAUUGGUUAAUUGCAAAUUAUAAGUAUUUUGAUUUGGCUUUAAUUACCCUUCUAUUGUCCUUAGGAAGAUCUGAAAGUGCUUUGAAGACACUGAGCUUUAUUUAGCCCAGUUUGCUCCUUCCCCUGUCUGGAAGUGGAGUUCAGAAGGAAUUUGGAAUACGUACUAAUUUUCAAUGAAAACAUUUGACGUUGGAGUCCAGUUUACUUUUCUUCCUCUUUUGUCGGAGAUCUUUUUAAAAAUCAUUUAAAAACUCUUCAGGUUUGUGAUAUGGUUAGGAGAAUGAACAACCGUCCAGGAACGUAUUAUUAGCAAAAUAAGCUUCUGGGUAGUUUACACCGAAUAUGGAUCUCCUCCAUUUGCUGAGUGACGUACCCAGGCUUUGGGAAGCCGCUGCUUGCAGUGGAGAACUGGAACAGCACACAGAGCGACGGGGAGUCAUCUACAGCCCUUCCUGGCCACUGAACUACCCUCCAGCUGUAAACUGCAGCUGGUACAUUCAAGGAGAUCGUGGAGACAUGAUAACAAUUAGUUUUAAGAACUUCGAUUUGGAAGAUUCUCAGAAAUGUGCAUUGGACUGGUUGAUGAUUGGCCCAUCUUCCAAGAGGGAGGAGUACAAAGUGUGUGGAUCUUCCAUACCUCCAUCUUUCAUUUCUGCAAGGGAUCACGUUUGGAUAUUUUUUCACUCCGAUGCAUCGAGCUCAGGACAGGCUCAGGGAUUUCGCCUUUCUUACAUUAGAGGAAAAAUAGGUCAGGCUGUUUGCCAGUCAGACGAAUUCCGCUGUGCAAAUGGAAAGUGUAUUCCCAGUACUUGGAAAUGCAAUUCCAUGGAUGAGUGUGGGGAUAACUCAGAUGAGAGAAACUGUACUGUCCCUCCAACAGAGCCUCAGUCCAGCAUCUGUCCCUCAGGAACAUUUCAGUGUAGUGUAGCCCAUUCCACCAAGUGCUUGAUGAAUGAGCUGAGGUGUAAUUCAGUUAAGGACUGCAGUGAUGGUUCAGAUGAAGAUAAUUGUCCUGAUCUUUCUUGUGGCAAAAGGCUGGGUAAUUUUUAUGGGUCUUUUGCUUCCCCAGAUUUAUUCCGUGCUGAUCACAGCAGAUCAGACCUUCGUUGCACGUGGUACGUGGACACACAAGAUAAUCGACAUGUUCUGUUGCAGCUUGAUUUACAGUUAGGCUACAAUGACUAUGUAAAGGUGUAUGAUGGCAUCGGAGAGAAAAGUGAUAAAUUAAUGCAAACAUUUUCAUAUCACAACAACCGGCAUUCAGUGAGUGUGGAGUCUUCAAAGGGCCAACUCACCGUCUCAUAUCAUGCCCGUUCCAAGAGUACUGGCCACGGGUUCAAUGCAACCUAUCAGGUGAAAGGUUAUUGCCUUCCUUGGGAACACCCUUGUGGAAGUGACGAGGAGUGUUUCACAGACAAGCAGCAUUGUGAUGGCUGGUGGCACUGUCCAAAUGGCAAGGACGAGGAGAACUGUCCUGCUUGCCAGAAGAACGAAUACCCAUGUGAAGGAAACAGUGGGCUUUGUUACUCAAUACUUGACCGAUGUAAUAAUCAAAAGAACUGCCCGGAUGGCUCAGAUGAAAAAAACUGCUUUACUUGCCAGCCAGGAAACUUCCAUUGUGGUACAAAUCUGUGCAUCUUUGAGACUUGGCGCUGUGAUGGUCAAGAAGACUGCCAGGAUGGAAGCGAUGAACAUAACUGUCUGGUGAUUGUUCCCAGGAAGGUCAUCACAGCUGCUCUGAUUGGGAGUCUCGUGUGUGGCUUGCUGCUGGUGAUAGCACUGGGUUGUGCAUUUAAGUUAUAUUCUCUGAGGACCAGGGAAUACAGAGCAUUUGAGACCCAGAUGACACGAUUAGAGGCAGAGUUUGUGCGUCGGGAAGCUCCUCCUUCUUAUGGGCAGCUGAUUGCACAAGGACUUAUCCCACCAGUAGAAGACUUCCCUGUGUACAAUGCAUCGCAGGCUUCUGUGCUGCAGAAUAUUCGAACAGCCAUGAGGAGACAGAUGAGACGUCACUCGUCAAGACGGAGCUCGUCUCGAAGGCGCUUAGGCAGGCUCUGGAACAGGCUCUUCCACAGGCCGCGGGUGAGAGGACAGAUCCCGCUCCUGACGCCCGCCCGCACUUCCCAGACUACGCUAGGUGAUGGAAUCAUCAACCGUGUUGAUGGAAUCAUCAGCCAUGCUGAUGGGACUGUUGGGAGUCCUCCACCUUCCCCUGAAGGACCUAAUUUAGAGGCAGAUGUCCCUGGCCAGGCCAGGGGCCUGCAAGAAGCUGGAUGUAGCAGCUUGCAGCCAGAGACUGAAAUCACAGAACCAUCGCCCUCUGAUGUCUUAUCUAGUACUUGCACAGCUGCGUAUGCAGAGCCUGAGGCUGGACACACUGAUAAAUCUUUAGGUGCUGAGACCUCCAGCAGUGAGCUUAAACAGUCCAGCAAAGUAGAUUCAGGAAAGGCUUUCAGAGAUCCUUUGUCUGAAAGCGUUACAGAAACGAUCCGUGGAGGGUCAGCAUCCAGAAGGACUGUCCCAGAGGGCAGUAGUUUAAGUAGAAGUCAUCCAUUGAGUGAAGAGCCAUGUAGGUUGCCCUUAAAAAAGUGGGAGUCUACUUAUUCAGACAGCCCCGUGAAUGUUCAUAUCCAAGUGGACGGACAAAACCGGUGUUGCCCUAACUCAUAUCGGGAGGAGCCUUUGGGUAUUCAUGCGGCUUGUUGCCAUUCUGUGGAAGUGCCAAUGUUAGAGUCCUCUACUCCCCUCUCAGAAGUCAAUACCAGUGAUGAUGAAUCUUUACUUGUUUGCUAAUAAAAUUUUGUUCCAGCCCUGUAGAUUUUGUAACUUCAUUGUUUAUAUGACAGUGCACUUUGAUUAUAGGUGGUAAGUCUUUGCUCUCGACUUUGUCUGUUAAAACCAGUGUGCUUUAAUUCCCCAGGGAGUACAAGACAAGACUAAAUGGGACAAGUUUUUGUCUUUGUUGCUAUUCCUGAAACUCAAAUGGGGCAGCAAUAGGCCAGUAUAUGAUAUCAGGGGCUAGGAGAGCAAGAAUGUGCCAUUGCAGUUUGGAGGCAUCUCCAUCCUCUGUUACUUCUGUGCAUUUAUUCACUUUGCAUUCAGGGAAUUUGUCUGUCUUUGCUUUUCAAAGUGGUCUUACUGAAAUUAGAGAGAACUCUGUUGGAACCUGGGAUAGGCACCGUUUUGAUGCGACUACUAAACUAGAAACAUGUUGUUGUCUUUCCAGACAUCAUAAUUUAAUUAAAACUUAAUAAUUUUAGUUAAAGAUUAUUUAGAAGGAAAUAAAAUCCUUGUAGCUUUCUCUUUUUCUCGUGCAGAAAUCGCUCCUUUCCUUUCUUCUCCUCAGAAGUGCUAUGAUGGCCGUAUGUACCUUGAAGCAUCCACUACAACCAAAGUUUCUUUAUGGAAUAUGCAGAAUGAAAUCAGGUUUCUUAUCUGCUAUAAUUUUGCAAUAAGAGAUUAUCUGUGUUCAGUAUAAGUGGAGCGCGUUGAACCCCCUUUGCAGCAAUAUUUCUUUUUUAUGUUGUCAUACGUUAUAUUAUUUUCAUAACGAUGUUGUGAAGGUUGAGGUAUUAUUUACUUUCUCCUUACCUCCUUUUCCUCUCUUCACUUUUUUUUUUCAGGCACUUUUAUGAUUAUACCACUUUGCACGUGCCCUGAAGGAUACUGAGGCUUCACAGCUCCUGUUGGCAGGUCACACUGAGCACUUGGUAACUGUCAGGAUCAGACUCAUACUUUAUUUUGAAAUAUAAUCUGCUGGGUGCAGAUCUAUAAAUCAGUUCUUUUUUUGGCAGUUUGAUCUAUUUCAGCUUAAAAAAAAAAAAAAGAGUGAUUUUUGAAGCUGACGCUGUGUGGCCUUUGCAACACUUCAAUGUAAACAGGUGCCUUUUUGGUUUUUAGAGUGUAAUUAAAACCAAGCAAGUUAUUUACCUGGAAGAAGGCUCAUGUUGCUUAAAUAGGAGUGCCUCAGUGCAGAAUGACACAAUGUUUCGGUGUGAUGUUUGGCCCUGUUGGGACAGAUGGGGCCCUGCCAUUAAUUUACUUUUGGCCCGGAUCACCCACGUUCUAACAGGGACUCUGAUUUAAUUUCCCUGUGAAUGCAGUGACGAACUAAAAUGCUUUAUACAGAAAUAAACGAACUUAAUGAUGUUGCUCCUUUGUAACUGUCUCAGUGCUCUGAAGCCUCCCUAUUGCUGUAGGAAAUCAAGCUGCCUGAAGUUAUUAAUUGAACUCGUAAAACUAUGGUGGACUUCGUCAUCUGUAGAGCUGGGCUCUGCUGGCCACGGGUCCCUUGUGAGCGUAAUGGGAAACAGGCUUUUGCAGUGAGCAGUAAGUUUACGUCAGUCAAAGAUGUUAUUCCUUUAAAUGGGUUGUAUUUUUGUCCUGCAUCUUCUGCUGGAACUCCCUUUUGGGAGUUCCUUACAAAGAGCAAGGAAUAGGCCCUUGGCUUUACCAAAAUGUAAUUCAGAAGAAUUAUGUUAAAUUGAUUUUUUUUUUCUUUUUUUCCUCUCCUUCAGAUGCAGAUUGCUUUCAUACUCUGUGUUCCAGCAGCAAAAGAUUCAAACUCUUUAAGAGCGUUAAUAGCAGGAAGGGGUUGUGGCAAAAUGUAUAAUGAAUAAGAGUCAUAGUUACAUGAAAUAAAUACUGCUCGCUCAUUUUUUCCAAGUGUUUUCGUGAUCAGAAUUCAUUUCAUCAAAGGAAAUGUAGUUUUAAGAGAGACUUUACUUUCAUAACAUUUGUGAACAUUUUAGGUACAUUCCGCCUGUGAAAGGUCAAGUACUACAGUCAUUACACUGCCAGGGCUGUUCGUGUUCAAGGCUGCAGGUUUUAGUGUUUUUUGUUGUUUUGUUUUUGUCCAAGGUAAUUUUAAAUGCAUAGAAUUGUAUUUAUAAAAUAGUAAACUUAAUUGGAAGGAAGAUUAUAUUUCAAGGUUAAUAUUGUGCAGAUAUGAAGGAUGUUAUAAAUAAGUGCAUAUUUAGUUCUGUUACAGAAAAUGUAUUUCUAUAAUAAAAUCAUUUUCAUCAUACUAUGCCUUAAAUUGUUAUCACCACGGUAAGGCUCUUAAAGUUGAAAUAUGUACUUCAAAAUAAUGUUACAUUUUGGGUGCAGCUCUGAAUAGCUAACACUGUAUUUUAGUUUAAAAUGUGUAACUUCACAUAAUUUCUUACAUAUCGUACAUAUUUUGUGUACAGACCCAUAGGGUAACUCAGUGGAAAUUUCAGUGAGAAGGUUUUACUUUAGAAACUUAUACAGAUCCAGGUUAAUGAAAACUUGAUGCUUGUGUGCAGAAAUGUUCACUACCCUCUCUAUUGAAAUUUAUAGCCCUGGGUAAAUGAGAGAUAUGUCUGAUGCUUUUUGUAAGCACAUAACUUUUGUAUUCUGCAAUAAAACACUCUCUCUUGCC